GCCAAUGAUUUCAUGACAAGUGGUCAUAUUGCAGACUAAAUUCGCUACAUCUGGUAGCGAAUUAUGACACGUCAACUUUUACUUGCGAAAGUGUGCCACGUGUUAAGAAAUCAUUGGCGAACAUAAUUUGCUACCAGUCGUAGCGAAUUAUGCUUACGUGGCAGUCUGGUAAAAAGUACUGUUCGCGUGGCAUUUGGGUAAAUUUUUUGUCAAAAAGUGGCAUUUUGGUCACUGUUCCAUAUAAAAGCCUUCACGGGUUGCGUUUGUUCAUUGCAUAAUUUUGAAAUAUAAAGCCUGUCUCUAUGCUUCUUGUAUUUACAAAGAUAAGCAACGCAUAUUUGUAGCUUCAAUUAUGUUGAGAGUUCAAAUGCCAAAACAUUCUUGCUUUACCAUUUCUUUCUCAGAUUGGCAUCCAACGCUAGAAACAUUCUUGCUCUUUCUCUCAUCUUUCACAAAGUCACAGAUAUCCAAUAUUAUAUGUCUGGCAUAGCCUGAAGCAAUGCUGAUAAAAAUAUCUACAUAGAAAUUGUCCUCUUUAUUUUUCUUCUUGUUAAGUGCUGUAAUUGCAACUGUCAUAUCUUUGAGAGUAUCUGCAAAUUGCCGUGCCUUCAGUGUAAUAUCUUGCCUCCUUACUCCUUAGACUCAUUCGAGGUUUCGAGUAGAUUAGGCUGAAGCAUUUUUUGGUGUCCAGAUGCAUUCUUUUCACUACCUAAACUAAAUGUAAAGCUCUCUUUGUCUGCAUCAGGGAGAGGCUGAGUUUCUUUGAUAUAGAGUUUCUUUCACCAUCCCUGUAAAAUGCUCCUUUAUCUGCAUUAUCGUGCAGCUGAGAGUAUUUGGUAGUUUUUAUAACCACCUAUAUCUAAUGCUAUGGGGAAUGGAUCAUCUCAGGUUAAAUUUUCACUUGAUCUUGAUAGUUUUUCACAAAUGUUGAUAAGGUCUCACUUAUUUAAUGUCUAUGAAGAGAUAGGUACAAAAUUUUAAUAUAACAAGAUCUAGUGAAAAAUACACGAGAGGAUCUUAUAACUACAACAGGGAAUGGCUUAGACUCUAGCGUAGAUCUCUUGCCACCUGAUAUUCCCUUUUCAAGAUUUGACGUACGACACACUCAUUUUUCUCCUAGGUGUAACUUUUAGUUCUAUAAAUCAGAAGUUGUGAUGAACCUCCAAUUAGUUCUAUCCUCAUCCCAUGUUUUAUCAUCUGAUAUCACAAUGUUAAAAGUGUUUCAUCCCAUGUUUCAUCAUCUCAUAUCACAAUGUUAAAGUAUUCCAGUUAACAAGCAUAUUUAUCUCAUUGUUUUGCAGCUUUUGCUUAACAUUGAUCUGGACAUGUAAAACGAUCUUCAGCCACCCAUCAAGUAACAAUUAUCCAUUUUUUUUUUUUUUUUAACUCUAUCCGAACGCCAUCUCUCUUUUCGUCUCUUGACACCCUUUUUGAAAGGAUACAUUCUCUUCAACACAUCAACGUUACACUUGAACUUAAUUUUAAGUUAAAAUGUUGGAUUAUGUCUGCCCAGGUUUAUCUACUACAUUCUUUGUCGGUUCUAUUCCCUUUGUGCCUUAGCCCUCAAGUUGCCCGCACUAAUAGAGGAAUCAUAAUGACAUUUCCCUUCUUUUUGGCUUAGCCGUUUAAAACAAAAGAAAUAGAAGUUUUCAAAGAAACACCGGCAGUGCUACAGUGCAUGACCACUUACAUAAUAAAAAUUACCUCAAGACAAUACUUUUUACCACAUUUAUGUUACCAGAAGCAAAAUAAAAAAAUAAAAAAAAUACGCAUGGUAUAUUUUUCAUACUACAUCUCAUUUUACUCCCUAACCAGUCCCUUACAUACAAGAGAGAAUAUGCAGAAAGUACGCGUUACCGAUAUGCGGAGAUCAAACACGUCACGCAUUCAUCCAAGUUUUGUGUGUGGAUAACAUAGGUUUAUAAGAUAGAUGCACUGAGUGAAUGGUACAGCAGUAAUAUUAUAGAUAUUUCCGAAGAUCACAGAGACUGUUCCAGAUUGAUUGGCAUCUCAAUACUGGGUUCACAAUGAGUCAAUGACAUAAUGGUCCUGGGUCUAAAAUUUCAUGAAUAUACUACAGGCAGAAAAUUCAAAGAGGAAAAGACACCAACCGAAGUCAAACAUUGGCAAUGGAGGCAAGAACGAGAUUGUGUUUAGAUCACCGUUGCCGUUUCGUGAGAAUCAAUAAAAGAGAGAGAGACACGUGCGUUCACAAUUCUUUGUACUUCCUUCCUGAACUUUCUAUCAGACACAGUGAACAACUGUACUCGCAACCCCAUUGUAACAAACAACCUAACCUUCGCUUAUUUUCACCUUAUUGUUGGUAUCAAAUCAAUGAUAAUAAAUUAAUAACCUUUCUUCUCUCUCCCUCUCUCUGCCAAUCCUAGCUGUGUGUACGUGUGUGUGGUCCCACAAAGCUAAAGUUCUGAUUCCAACGUUUCCAACUUGGGUGGAAUAGUUAAUUGGGUCGGUGGAAAUUUCAGUUUUUUCUUACUAAAAAGCACAGCUGAGCAGAGGAAAGUUUCAUGUAAGUGCAAUUUUAAUAAAAUUUACUAUCUGGAUUGGAUAUCAACGCCUCUGUUUUUAGCUAUCAUGUAUUAUUGGUUUUGGUUUUGGUUUUAGUCACGUGGUUUCAUUAAAUUCUGUUAACGAGUGGCUAAGAAAUUUCAAUUGAAUUUUAUUAUUGGGGCAACUGGUGUAGUUGAGACUUAGCUUUAAAUGGGUGUGUUCUACAUUUGUAGUGGACAUAUAAUGAGUUUCUUGGCUCUUUUUCUUUUGGUUAUUGACAUUAGUUGGGCUAAUGGGGUGUUUUUGUUCUGCUUUGUUGUACACAAACAAUUAAUGCGUGAUGAGUUGUGAGUUGUACUUGUACCUGAAUGGUUAGGCUAGUCUUAUUAUUAUUACCCACAGUGGAUUUAAAUGAUUUUGGAGGAUGUUCAGAAUCCUAUAUAUGGUUGUUUAUCUAAUGGUUUUCUGAUAGUAGGGUCGUUCUUCUUUCCUUAAGAGAUACAAUCAUACAAAAAUGGCCAAAAAACGAAACAUUGUGCAGUAUAGGGAGAGGUUGGACAAGACUCUUGCCUCACCUGAUCUGACAAAUGACCACAUACUCAAAACGCUUGUCAAAAGUCAAGUCAUGCGUUCUUCAAAAUUGGAAAUAGAAGAAUAUAAGGAGAAACUAUUAGAAACCAAGACUGCUGAGGUAUCUAACUUUCUUGAUAUGUUGAGGAGUGCUUCUGUAGAUGAUAGUGGAGGAUCUAGUAAAUCACACAGCGAUUGGAAAUUAAAGCAGGAUAACGAAGAGUUUCGUGUUAUGUAUCGUGAAGGACCAGAGGGAACUCCCUUUCAUACAUUGCUAGUUGAAGGCUAUGUAGAUGGGCCUAUUGAUGUUUGUUUAUGCCUCUCAUGGGAGACGUCCCUUUACAAGAAAUGGUGGCCUCAAACGACUAUUCCCACUUUCAAAAUUAUGGCAUCUGAAUGUUUGCAGAAGGUUCAGAUUGGCGAACAAAUAUCACUAGUUAGGAUGAAGAUUUCAUGGCCGCUGUCUACGAGGGAGGCUAUAGUGCACUAUUAUGUGUUUGAGUACUUUCAAGAUGACUUAUUAGUUGUUCUUUUGAAUUCGGUCCCUGAGUCAAAGAGCAUUAAUGAUACCAUUAAUGGUUUCAACAGGGAUGCAAUUCCAGAAGCAAAGGAUGUUGUGAGAAUUGAUUUGGUGGGAGGCUUUGUUAUGCAAAAGGUGACAAUGGAAAGAAGUUACUUUCGGACAAUAGCAAAUAUGGAUAUAAAGCUGGAUUUUGUACCUCCAUCCCUUAUAAACUUCAUUUCAAGGCAGCUCAUCGGGAAUGGUUUCAGGCUUUAUCAGAAGGCUGUGGCUUCUAAGAUGAACCAUGAUCAAGAAUUCAUCAAGGCCUUGGGGGACUCAUUUUAUGUUAGAAUUCGGGAAGCUCUAUACAACGUUAGUGGAUCAAAGGCUAUGGAUGGGGAAGAGCUUGAGCAAAUUCUUCCUGCUGAAGAACUUACUCAAAGUGAGCAAGAUGGGAGAAAAGAUAUAUCUUGGGAGGACAGAAGUAACCAAUAUGCAAAUAAUUUCAAUGGUGAGAUUUUAGAUGCAGAUAGUGAAGAGAUUGUAGAAGUACAUAGGGAAGAGAGUGCACAAAUUGAGGGGGAUUUCAAGAAAGUACGUGACAUUCCAUUUGAGGAAGUUUAUACAAGUAGUGUACUGAAGGACAAGAGGAAUGGUGAGAUUGUAGAUGCAGAUGAUGAAGAGAUUGUAGCACCAGAUAGUGAAGAGAUUGUACAUAUCAUGGAUGAUGCUAAGAAAGUACAUGACAUUCAAAUUGAGGAAGAUGAUACAAGGAGUGUACUGAAGGGCAAGAGUAAUGUAUAUAUCAGCUCAGAGGUAAAACAGGCUCUAGACACAUUAGAGAGGGCUAUUUCAAGGCUUCGGGAAAAAGGUGGCACAGUUGAUUCAUAUUCUGCAAAACUUAAUCAACUAUGUUCAAAAAAUGAGGUUAGUGUCGAAGUAUCAAGCAGCAAUGUACUGGAGAAAAUUUCAGAAGAAGAACCUCAGACUAACUCUGAAAUCCAAAACUUCAGGCACACAGGAACAAAUCCUAACUUAAAGGAAGUAAACCAUAACAAAGUAGUACCAGCUUCACCAGAGCAGCAUCUUUCAAGACCAAUUGAAACAAGCCUGGUUGAUUCAUAUUCUUUGGAAAAUGGGACAACACUGGACCAGACAAUAUGUGAUAACAAGAAAUUAAAGAGUGAUGCAGUCCAAGAUAUGUCUUCAGAAGACCCAAAAAAGUCAAGCAGGCAGAAAAAAUUAAAUAACUCUUCAGAUGUGCCAAAACAAUCAACCAGGCAGAAAAAGCAUCGAUACUGUUGUUUUCUGCAUUAACUAAAAUGGGUCAAAGUUAAAAGGAGAAAAUAGUGUAUUUAAAGGCAUCUUGUCAGCUUACAACCCAAGCCUCAAUAACUUAGUACAGGUUUGCUAUCUUGGUAUAUCUUACUUACUUGAGGAUUACUUGUACAAUGGUGGUCAUAUAUGUUGGACUAAUCUGGUCCAUUAUUUUCUACCAGUCAUAUAAUAUAUGUGAUAUUAAUUUUUAUUUUUAUUUUAUUUUUUUUGCUGCUCAGUUCAGUUCAUCUUUAAAAUGUAUUUGGAUACAUCUAAAAGUUAUGAAUAAAAAGAUCGAAUUUUUGU